AUGGCCUCGCCCGCUACCGUCGCGGCCCAGAUCAACGGCGUCGCUCCAUUGUCGCGUCCAGACUCGCCCGCUUCAAUCAAUUCAUCCACCAAACGGAAGCGCGAAUCGAGCGACGACGACAACGACCCGGAUCUCAAUCGCGCCGGCCCGCCCAAGUUACCCGUUAAUGGCGUGCACGCUUCUCAGGAUCGUAAAUCGCUCGUCCGCGACUUCUUUGAUGUUUUGCAGAGCCCAUCGGUCCUCAAGCGCCCUCUUCCCGACUCGCUCGUUGAUGGCGAACCAUCUCCGAAACGGGCCAAGUCGGAGGAUGGGAAACCCGUUACCAUUGCAGACAAGGUGACCCAGGGCACAUAUGAGGCCCUGGAUGACUUGGUCUCCGACAUUGUCCAGACUGCAAAUGCGCAAGUCAAGGAACUUGGGACUGCAGCUACGCCGAGCGAUGCCAACACCGUCACCAAGACGAUCGCAUUUAGGACGAAGGCUUUAGAACUCUACAGACAGGAGCUUUCGUAUCCCAACGUCCCACGACCCAUCUCUGCGAAACAGCCUCCUAGAGAGCUGCAAUCAUCAAACCCGGACGCCGUCGUCCUCACAGCAAUCGGAGCUGCUCCAACCGCCCGACCGCUUUUCACUAGCCUGCAACGGAAUGCUGCCAAGUCACUUGCCGGAGCCCCCCUGCCCAGGGGUGUCACUCUCACCAAUGUUUCUUAUGGGGCUACCCCGUCGGGCGAAAAGAAUAGCCGCCCACUUACACUUGGAGAAUUGUUCCCAUCCCCCCGGAACCUGCCUCCCCUACAGCCACCGAAGGCACCGAAGACGGCCACGAAAAGCAACGUUUUGACUUUUUACCACCCCGAGCUCGCCGAAAAGUCCAAGUACCGAUCGGGGAGUUACUUUUCUUCCAACGUCUCGACAGGUCACUGGUUGGACUACAGCAAUGCUACCCCGACGACCCACGCCAAGACGAAACAGAGAGAGCGGGCCCAGAGCCUGGCGGGCAUCAAGCCGUCCAGCACUGAGCUUGAGAUGUCUGAAAUGGAAGCGCUCUUUCGCGGAGCUUUCUCCACCUUCGCACCUUGCCAGGACGACUCGGGCGCCAUUGUCCCGUCCGGCCAGGUUGGCCGCAUUUGGUGGCAGCGUGUCGGCCGGCGAAGCUUUGCGAAGCUCGCUGAGGCGGAGGAACCGGAGGACGAUGCCGAGGACAGCGCAGCUGCGGAUUCAGCAGUUGCCAUCGAGAUUGACGAAGACCGCGUGAAGGAAGCUAUCGAGCACUGGGAUGAAACCGCGAUCGACCCGAGCCUGGAUUAUGCUCUAGGCAAGAAAUCCGACCAAGAGAAAGAAGUGGAUGACCUUCUCGAGGAGGUCUCUGACUUGAUCGAGACCCUUGCGUCCUACCAGCGCAACCGAAACCUCACACUACCAACCAGCCAAGACCGUUACUCUGCCGAUCCAGUUAAUGGAGACAUGCUCCGUAACGGCAGCCUCUCCCACCAGCCAAGCGAAGAGGAAAUGACAACGUACGAGGCCUUGAAGGCUCAGCUAUCGCUGAUCAUACAGAACCUGCCUCCGUACGCGGUGGCCCGCCUCAACUCCGAUAAACUGGCGGAGCUAGCCGUGAGCACCAAGAUUGAGAUCCGCUCCGACGAGUAUCACGGGGUCAUGGAGGAUGACGAGCCGGCCCGGCUGGCCCGUUUGGCCGCACAGGCCGCAGCGACGUCGAACCAGCGCCAAAACCAGAGGGCGCCGAGCGUUUCCGGCCCGUACGCCAAUCAUCAAUACCCAGCGCAGUUCACACCGUCGGUCCGUCCCGUCGGGACCGCGCAACACUUCCCGCAAACCCCCGUCCGACCGCAGGGCCAGAAUAUGUACCCGCGGGCGCCAUCCAGCGUCCCCAUCCCUCAGCCGCACCAGCAAGUGCAGCCCCGGCCCGCGCCCGGAACCCAGUUCAGACCGAUGUAUGCAUCACAAUUGGCCAAGGCUCAGGGUCCCUACGGCCAUUCCAACAUGCCGCACCAAUUUUCUGGAACCCCGACACAGCCACGGAUGCAACAGCAUCCCAAUUAUAAUAUGGGGCAAGCCAACAAUCCCAACCACCGAUUCACCCAAGCCUACCCCCCUGGCUACCAAACAACACCAGCAAAUUCAGCCACACCCCCAGCAUGGGCAACCUUCCCCAAUGCCACAACAUCCUCCCCCACCAGCCACCCCAUGGCUCACGCCCAGCAACCACCCCUACUCUCCCAUCAGCAGAUGGCCCGCCCACCCUACGGAAGUCCGGGACCGGGCAUGCCACCGAACGCAGUCCCUCGGCAGUACUCGGCCGGCUCACCCGGCCCAGGCAUGAUGCAAGGUGGCGGUGGUGGGGCCGGAGGCGGGAAUCGACCGCCCUCGAGUCUUACGGGGUUCGCGACGGUCAUGCCUGAAGUGCAGCAGCGGCAAGUGAUGGAACAGGCCCGCGCCCGCGCCGACGCGGAGCAACGGGCUAGCGGCCACAUGGGCAAGGUCACGCAAGGCGAGGUUGUCGGGCUCGCGGGCAUUGGGCUGGCGGGCCACAUGGACGUUCACAAGGUCGCCGCUGCCAAGAUGCAGAUGGGCAACCAUAAUAACGGCAACGGUAACAACGGCCAUAGCGUGUCGCCUAGCCCCAAGGUGGCGGCUAUGCAGGGCGGGAUGAACGGCGGCGGUAUUCCUACCCCCGGCGGCCCCCCGCCCUCAGCGAUGGAUAGCCCGCGGCCGAUGCAAGCCGGCCCGGUGUCAGCGUCGGCGAGUCCCGCGCCGCAGGCGGGCUAG